GGGCGCGCCGAGGACCCCCGGGCCGGGGCAGUGCCGAGCGCGGCUGCCAUGGGCUCCGUGGGCAGCCAGCGCCUCAAGGAGCCCAGCGUGACGGGCACGCCGGACAGGGCCGUGGUGACCAGCUUCGGCUUCGACGGCUGCCAGCUGGAGGAGGAGGUGGCCGUGCGGACAGCUGGGGGCCGGGACGGCGGGCCCGGGGGCGCCCCGGUUUUCACGGACUCUGCGGUAGGGGAGCCCGUGCCCGACGACCGCUACCACGCCAUCUACUUUGCGAUGCUGCUGGCCGGCGUGGGCUUCCUGCUGCCCUACAACAGCUUCAUCACCGACGUGGAUUACCUGCACCACAAGUACCCAGGGACCUCAAUCGUGUUCGACAUGAGCCUCACCUACAUCCUGGUGGCGCUGGUGGCCGUGCUCCUGAACAACGUGCUGGUGGAGAGACUGAACCUUCACACCAGGAUUACCGCGGGCUACCUCUUGGCCUUGGGCCCCCUCCUCUUUAUCAGCAUCUGUGACGUGUGGCUGCAGCUCUUUUCUCACGACCAGGCUUACGCCAUCAACCUGGCCGCUGUGGGCACCGUGGCCUUAGGCUGCACAGUGCAGCAAUCCAGCUUCUAUGGCUACACGGGGAUGCUGCCCAAGAGGUACACGCAGGGCGUGAUGACCGGGGAGAGCACGGCGGGCGUCAUGGUGUCCCUGAGCCGCAUCCUCACCAAGCUGCUGCUGCCGGACGAGCGGGCCAGCACGCUCAUCUUCUUCCUGGUGUCCGCGGGCCUGGAGCUGCUCUGCUUCCUGCUGCACCUACUGGUGCGGCGUAGCCGCUUCGUGCUCUACCACACGGCGCGGCCCCGCGACAGCCGCCCCGGCUGCAGGGCCGGCUACCGGGUGCACCACGACGUCGCGGCGGGGGACGUCCACUUCGUGAGUCUGCCGGGCGCCGCCCCGCCCAGUCCCGCUUGCGGUCUCCGCCACGCCGUGGCCUCCUUCGGGGGCCUCCUUCGUUCUGCGGACCCAGGAGCACCAAGGCCCAGGCCUGGCCAACAGCGGGUCCCCGAAGGACAGCCCGGCCCACGAGGUGACCAGCCACGGAGGGGGGGCCUACACGCGCUUCGAUGUGCCUCAGCUGGGAGUCGCGCGCAGCUGGCCCUCCUUCAGAGCCCUGCUGCUGCACCGCUACGCCGUGGCCCGCGCCAUCUGGGCCGACAUGCUGUCCAUCGCCGUCACCUACUUCAUCACGCUGUGCCUGUUCCCGGGUCUCGAGUCCGAGGUCCGCCACUGCGUCUUGGGCGAGUGGCUGCCCAUCCUCAUCAUGGCCGUGUUCAACCUCUCCGACUUCGUGGGCAAGAUCCUGGCAGCUCUGCCCGUGGACUGGAGGGGCACCCACCUGCUGGCCUGCUCCUGCCUGCGUGUGGUCUUCAUCCCCCUCUUCAUCCUGUGCGUCUACCCCAGCGGCACGCCCGCCCUGCGCCACCCGGCCUGGCCCUGCGUCUUCUCUCUGCUCAUGGGCAUCAGCAACGGCUACUUUGGCAGCGUGCCCAUGAUCCUGGCGGCGGGCAAAGUGAGCCCCAAGCAGCGGGAGCUGGCGGGUCCAGUCUCGUCCGCAGGGAACACCAUGACCGUGUCCUACAUGACGGGGCUGACGCUGGGCUCCGCCGUGGCCUACUGCACCUACAGCCUCACCCGGGACGCCUACAGUACUUGCUUCCGCCCCUCCACCAACACCUCCGCCCCCGCCGGCCUCUGAGCCGGGCCCGGGCCCGCCCCCCCCUCCCCCCCUCUGGCCUGGACUAGGGGCCCCAAGGCCCGAGGCCCCCUCCCCGCCCCUGCCUGCAGUGCCUGCGGGGCCCCGGCCUCCCCCCCCCCCACCCCGGGCCAGUAACGCCACCCUCCGGGUCCGGCCGGCCGUCACGCCGGCCCCAGGGUUCUGCCGAGCCCUCCGGCCCCCCAGAGCCACCCAGCACUGUGCUCUGCGUCGCGUCUCCGGCCUGUCCUUCACCCUCUGUCUGUGUCCGGUGGCCCCAGCUGUCGCCAGAUGAGUGCCCUCUCUGGGGUCGCAGCCGUUCCCGGCCAGGAGAGCAGACUGCCAGCCGGUAUCCCCUCCUGGUGACCCUCACCCACGGACCCGGGCCCCAGCCCUCCUCCACCAGGGGCCCUCCUCAUGAACACGAGAGGUCCUCAGCGGAGAGGGCCUGUCCCCCUCCGUCUGUUCGUAAACACUGCUUCUUUCGAACAAAACGCAUCUGCCGGGAGGGAAUCGUAGCCCUGGGUCUGAAUGGUUUCAGGCCACGGUCUACGCCGGUCUAUGACCACAGCUUCCGCACCGGUCUGGGCGCACCCACCCCACGCCGAAAUCCCCCUCUGUGCACCCUGGCGCCCACCUGAUGCCACAGGCCUGGCAGUCUGUGCCUGCCCCGAGACCCUGUCUGCUUCUCUGGCCACCCCAUCUGUCUGUGACGCCGGAAGGGGGCACGCUCUGGUUGAAGUCUCUCUCUCAGACACUGAUCCUCACCCAGGGAGGCCCAAGGAGGGACGUGAGUCCCUGGCAAGUAGGGAGGUGUGGGGGUCCCUCAGCCGGGACCCUCAAGCCCCAGGCUGGCCCGGUGCCCUGAGCGGAGGGAUUUCUGGAGUGUCUUGACAAAGUCAGGCUUCUCAGGGGAGAGGAGUCUGCCCUGCCACCCCCACGGCACAGCUGUGACCACCCGCCCCUGUGUCCUGUCUCCCCCUCACCCCCCGGUCUGUCCACUAACUGUACCGCACUGGCCAUUAAAAGAUGAAGGCAGAAACUCCCCAGCUGCUGCCUCAGAGUAGUGUCUGUGUGGGUGGGGGCUGCCCCCCCGACCUUGCUCGUCCAUCGUGGGGGAAGGGGUCCUGGUGGCUGGGA